AUUUCAAUUGUCAUAUUUUGUUGCUGUCAAAUUCAAAAUGUCAUAUGUAAUAAAUCAAAAUAAUCUCGAUUUUAAUGUCUCAAGUUUCGUAUAACUGUGUAAACAGUGUCUACUUUGUUGGUUACGUUAAUAUUUAUUGGAAUCAUAUUAAUAUGACUUCAAUUUCUGAGGAGACUAUCUAUAAUAUUAUUGAGAAGAUAGCAUUGGGACGUAACCUCAAAAAUUGGCGGUGUUCCCAGGAAAAGUUUGAAAGCAUAGCUCAGAACUACUUCGGCGUUAUUAUUCCCGUUGUUUUAACUGGGGAAGAGAAUGGAAAACUUGUUAGUUUGAAAUUGGCUUUAAAACUGGCGCCUAUGGAUGAACGCUAUCGAGUCAGCGGCGCUGUCACUCGUAUGUUUGCUAGAGAAAUAUAUGUUUAUUCAGUGAUAUUUAAGAAAUAUGAAGAAAUACAGAAAAAUGUUUCAUUUACGUCAUCAUACAUCAUGCCACAUUGUUAUUAUAUUUGUAAGGAGUAUUGUAAAGAAGUAAUUGCUAUGCAAAAUAUGUGUGGGGAAGAUUUUAAACCAUUUACAAGUGAUAUGUUUUUGAAUUUAGAACACAUAAGUAUUGCCUUGAAAUCAUUAGCAAAGUUACAUGCGUUAUCAUACAUCCUUAAAGCCAGAGAACAGACAUUUUAUGAAGAAAUAUCAAAAGAAUGUCUGCCGUUAACAAUAGAUACAAAUAAAAGGUACAUCGAUAUUAUGUUGGAUAGAUUAGGUAAAGCUAUAAAGAAGUUUGAAGACUCUGAAUAUGCACCUCUAUUUGAAAGUUUGAGGGAGAAUUGUGCCAAGUGUUUUGAAGUGGUUGUGAGUAAAGGGGGCAGCACAUGUAUAUGCCAUGGUGAUAUAUGGAAAGAGAAUAUACUUUUUAAAUAUGAAAAUGGUAUUCCUACAUCAGCAUGUUUAAUUGACUAUCAAACAACAAGGAUUUGUUCACCAGCUUUUGAUACAUUGUAUCUUAUCAUUAGUAGUACUGACUCACAUCUCCGAAAAGAUCACUACAACAACCUAUUGGACACCUACUAUCACUCAUUUGAUCAAAUGCUGAAAGAAGCUAGUCUGAAUUCAGCCAAUACUUAUUCUAGGCAAAUGUUUGACCAAGACCUGGAAUUAGUCUGGCCAGCAUGCCUAAUUACUGCCAAUACGGCAUUAUGGCUUUCAAGUGGUUUACAGGAAGAAGGACAUGUCAGGAGUAAAAAAGUUUGGUCUACACCGGAAGAGAAAGAAAGAGCAUCUAAUAGUUAUAAACAAAUAAUAAAGGCAAUUAUAGAUGACUUUUCCUGCUAUGGUUAUUUAGACUUAAAAUCUAAUUGCUUUUGUUUUUAAAUUUUUAUCACCUUAAAGAUCUUUAUAAUAUACUAUUUUUAAUUUGAGGACACAUUGUGAGUUCAAUUACUGAGAUUGAAAUAUCUUGUACUCUACAUUGGGUACUAGUUAUUUUCAAGGUUUUACUUUCUUCAGAAUGUGAAUGGGGCAGAGUAAAGUUUAACUUAAAGUUGCUAUUUUCAUGUUAUAUGUAGUUUGUUAUAUGCUUAUUUACAUAUGUUUAUACAUUGUUUUUGUAUGUAUAUGAUUAAAUAAUUAAAUUAAAUUAAACAAAAA